UGCCCCGCGGCAGCCGUGCCUCCUUGGAUGUCUCCAGGGGCGGUCACGCAGAAUGCUGGUCCCCUCGGCCCCUCCACCUCGGCGCCCCGCCUUCCCCUUGGGCUCAGGUGUAAUCGUGGAUCUAGGGUGUGGGCACCUGGGAUGAAGUAGUGAAGGCGGCGGGCGCUAGGGUGAGUUGUCCUGUGCUGAGAAGCAGCAGUUUGCCGGAGUUAACGUGGGCAGCCUCUUUGGGAAGGAAGGAGCACCGUCUGCCAAGCGCCUGCUCGCCCCGCGCGUGUCUGUCUGUGUGUGCCGUGCAUGUGCAUGCGUGUGUGUGUGUGUGUGUGCGCGCGAGUGUGAGUGCGCGCGCGCCUAGGCGUUCCUCAGGUUGCGCUGCCUGGAAACCGAGGGAGCCAUUGGAGAGGCGGAGGUUGGGGGUGGGGGCUCCCCGACCCUCGGAGGAGCCGGGGCGCAGGCGGCCGAGGCGAGCCCAGAAGCCCGGCUCCUGAACGCGGGCGCCGGCAGAGCGAGGACCGUGGUGCUGGCGGCCGCAAGGCCCCGGGGGAUCCGCUGGGGAGGAGCUAGGGAGGAGGCCGGAGCUGCAUGGAGUUUCUAGGGCGCGCAACUCCGGCGGGGCCUCGGCCACUGGGCUCCGGGGCGCAGCGAGGCAGCCGCGCACAUGGGCUGAACCCGCGCGGCCAGCGGGAGCGGGAGGGGUAGAGGAGCGCGCGGUGCAGGGGGUGCGGGGCACACGUCUCCAGACGGGAGCAGAGGACAAGGACAGGGAGGCACGCGCCUAGAUCGCGCUCCGAGUCGACGAGGGGGCUCGUGCAGGUCCCGGCGCGCGCGUGGGGAGCGGCCCGGGGGCGCCGAGGGAGCCGGCGGCAGCGAGGAUGCCGGCACGGGGACGCGGCUGCCGGCUGGGGGUGUGAGCGAGAGGCUGAGCGCUGCCCGCUCGGCGCCUCCAUUCCGCACCGCCCCCUCCCUGCGGGCCUCGGAGGAAGCCCCCCGCGCGGUGCGGAGGCGCCUCGGCUGCCGGGCUGCGGAGCCCCGGCCCAGCGAGAGGGAAAAGAUGCCGUUCCACCAUGUGACCGCCGGCUUGUUGUACAAGGGGAAUUACCUCAACCGAUCGCUCUCUGCUGGCAGUGACAGCGAACAGCUGGCUAACAUCUCCGUGGAGGAGCUCGAUGAAAUCCGAGAGGCCUUUCGGGUUCUGGACCGGGAUGGGAACGGCUUCAUCUCCAAGCAGGAGCUGGGCAUGGCCAUGCGCUCUUUGGGGUACAUGCCAAGCGAGGUGGAGCUGGCCAUCAUCAUGCAGCGCUUGGACAUGGACGGGGAUGGCCAGGUGGAUUUUGAUGAAUUCAUGACAAUUCUUGGCCCCAAACUGGUGUCUUCAGAAGGUCGUGAUGGUUUUCUUGGAAACACGAUAGACAGCAUAUUCUGGCAGUUUGACAUGCAAAGAAUAACUCUGGAAGAGUUGAAGCACAUUCUCUAUCAUGCCUUCCGAGACCACCUAACGAUGAAGGACAUUGAGAACAUCAUUAUCAAUGAGGAAGAAAGCCUGAACGAGACCUCGGGGAACUGCCAAACAGAGUUCGAAGGAGUGCAUUCCCAGAAGCAGAACAGACAGACCUGCGUCCGGAAGAGCCUCAUAUGCGCCUUUGCUAUGGCCUUCAUCAUCAGUGUCAUGCUGAUUGCAGCCAACCAGAUACUCCGGAGCGGCAUGGAGUAGCAGCCUCCCGCCAGCCACACUGUGUUGCAGCUCACCGCGCAUGUGCAUGCCGUGCAGGCAGACUCUUCCUCCACACAGCAGACAUGGACCUAUGGACUAUGGAUGGAUGCGGACAAUGGAACCAUUCAGUAAAGAACCCAAGGUUGAGUGCAACUGGGGUUGCACUUCAGCUUCAUCUCCUUGGCAGGGACACUAAAGGGCUGUCUUCAGUGCUUUAAUGGUUUUGUUUUCUAAUGCAAUAAAUAGCCAGGAUUUCCGAAUUAUUGCUUCAACCAUCAGUCAUAACUCUAGAGAAAAACUUCAUCUUCAUCUCGGAAUUCCAGCGGCCAUCCAGGUAUAAUGGUGAGAGCAAGAGAGAGGCAUGAACACACAGUCACCUCCACUCCCCAUUCUUUCAACCCAAGGGUCAACAGGAGACUCUCUGCUGAGGUCAACCCUCAGUUCCAAGAGGCUGACUUCAGGGUUGCCACAGAAGAGGGGGCUUUCCAUCCCACCCUGGCUUCCUUCCUCCACCCAGUGGAGACCCCCCCAAGGCAUGAGGGGAAAGCCAUUAAGUGGGGUGCAGCCCCUGGUGGUCUUCAGCUGCACCCCUCACCGCUUCCGUUCUUACUGCCUUUUCUAGAGGACUGCCAUUGGUAGAGCUGGGGUGCUCUCAGUUUCCGUCGGCACUUGGCUUUCUGUUCCUAGAGCCCAUCCCGCACCAGCAUUUUGGAACCUGCAGAGAGCCUUUCUCCCAGCUUUGCCACCUGUGCUGCCAUUAGAGAAAAAAAGAAGCAUAAUCGUGGGCAUCUCUAUAACAUAGACAGAUAUAUAUAUUUGGCUUCUUCGUGUGUGAUGUCAUUCUUCCCUAAUCGCUUACACCUAAUAUAAGCUUGUCCUCCCUCCCACACUCAUCCCUGCUUCUUUGGGGCAGGGGUGAGGCAGGUUGAGGGGGGAGGGGACUGAGACUGGCGGUGAGGUUUUGACACCCACACCCAGCCAUCUGGAGUCAUGGAGACCCACCACGUCUCUAUGCCGGAUGACCUUUGUAAGUUAAGGUCCUUGUGCAUCUUACCUUUCCCUUACCUUGGAGUUUGCUGUUAGUCUUCCCCAGAUAAAAAGAGAAAUGCAAUCCAAAAUGGAAAGAUGGAGAGAUCAAAUGACUGUAUUUUACAUAAGAUCUUCUGGCCUUCAGAUUCUGCAACUGACUCAUUUUCAGGAGGUAGGGGGAAAAGAUGUUUAUGAGUUUAGCCAACAGAACAGGUAAUUUACUCCUGCCUGCAGAAUACUUUCGUUGGGGAAGGGAAUUGAAUCCAAGGAUCUGUUUUCAACACCAUUCCAAGUCUGUAAUUUCCUGACUUUUCCUAGAUGUCAGCCACUACUAUGAAUUCAAGCUUGUGUAGUCAGAUUAGCCAGUAAUCUCUAGAUGUAAUAGUUCCCUUUGUACUUUUCCAAGCUCAGGUCUUUAUUUUGUAAUGGAAUUACCUUGCUCCUACUUCUUUUGAUUACAUCCUAAAACUACAUGCUUCCCCCCUUUCUUCUAGUAGCGAGCCACCAGAAGCUUUCUUGUCUCAAUGCAGUGGGUAGGUUUUUUUGGUGCGUUGUGUGUGCCUGAUCUCCCUCCCUGUCUUCCCGCUCAGCUAUCUCCCUACUGCCUUCUCAGACUUGGAGCACCCAAGGUCUCCGAUGAGAGUUUUCUCAUUCACCUCUGCAAGUGCUACUGGCAACAGCCUGGGGGCAGCUGUAGACACUUUCCCUCGGUGGGAGAGUGUGAAUAUUCUGAUGAGCACAAGUAAAACUAAGGUUUCAGCCAUAAUAUGGAGGAGGGAGCAGAUGUAAGCUCCCAAGAGCCUGGGGGAUCGCAGGUCCCUCUCAAAACUUCCUGGAGUUCAGCCCAGCAAGGCCAGACCAAGGAGGCAGCAACCUGCCUUUCCCCCUUACCUGCCUUGCUGCCUGCACACUGCAUGCCUGCCCCUUCUGCCGCUCCCGUUGGCUGACUCACCACUGUCCCCUUAGGAUUGGAAUUCUCAACUAGAACAGGUCCAAAUGCAGAAUAUAAACACAUCGAACAACUUCAUCCUUAAUCUCUGCCCGGGGCAGUUUGCCCUCUCCCAACUGGACUUGGAUGGUAGGGCAUAGCAGAUUUUGAAGAGAUAUGCUUUCCUGUCUUUCUCUGACCCCCGAACCACCAAACCACAUCCAUAGGUGUGCAGGACCCUAAGUAGACUGGGUAGAAACCCCAGGGAUGAUUCUUCAAAGCCCCCUCCCCCAUGAGAGGGGACUGAAAUGCUGCAGCUGAGGCUGGUCUUCAGGGCAGAAAAUGAGUACUUCUUUGAAGGCGGCUUUUCUGCGAGUUCUUCUGCCUCCUGCUGGAGAACAGAGACCCUUCAAGAGGUGAGGGUUCGAUUUCAUUGGCAGAGAGAUUAGCCACUGUGCAGGAAUAGGGAGGAAAAGGAGUUCUGGAGAGGCACCAUCAUUCUGUUUUCCACAAAGGCUGUAGGAUUCCUUUCUUGAUGGUGACCUUCUUGCUCCCAGUGACCUGGAAGCAAGCCCACCCUCCCCAGGGGAAAAUCUAGGAGAAUGCAUUCCUCUGCAGACUGCUAGAGAGAGAUGGCAAGAAGGAAGACCCAGAAUUCUUUCUGACAGCCUAGGAGUUAACUUCCCACUGUGGUAACCCCCAACGAGGCACCCAGGGACUGAAGGGCACAGUGUGUGGAGAUGGCCCUGAGCUAGCGGCAUUCCUUAGACUUCCAGAGCUCAGAAUUUGUCCCGGUGACUUGCACCCUGGCUGCUUUGCUUGGACAGUUUGUCUUGGGCAUAGGGAAGGCUUCCUUGUCAGGCAGCCAACUCCCAGCCCUGUUCACACAAAUUUUGUGCCAGGGCCCCAUGCCAGUCAGUGUCCCCAUCAUGAUGGCUAUGAAGCUCAUGGCUGAAGGUUCCAGAAGGUCCUGGUCUCCCAUGCCCAAGGGAUGCCAUGUAGCCCCAGCUGGAGGUGACAUCCGCAGGAAUUGAGAGGGAAGAGCCCACCCCUCACUCUGUCCUCCAGACUUAGGAACCAGUGACCUUGGCUGCCCAACUGUGCAGAGGCUGAGUGAUUGACAAACACAGGUUGGCUCAUUCUUGCUGCAAGAGCAGGUACCCCCCGCCGCCCCCACCGGAAACACAAGUGAUGAGCAAGAAGGCAUUUUCCUUGGGAGAGAAGGGGAAAUGGACCCUGACCCCCUUGAUCCCCAAGGAAGCUGUGCCCCACCUUUCCAGAUACCCACAAAGCCCCGAGACAGAAUCUAGCAUUGGGACUAUUAGCAGUGGCUUCCAGAAUGUGCAUGGGUCCCACGUGACUGAUCCGACAAAAAAAAAAAAAAAGGGAUAUUACCAUGGCAACCCUUGCAUUCCACCCUGAGUUUGCCAAGGCACACAAAAAUAGGGAACAUUUUCUUAAAGAACACUCCAAUUCAGCCUGAGUGCAACCUGACUCUCUGCAUCUGUAUCCUGCCGGGAGAGGCAGUUACCCUUAAAGAAUCUGGGUGGUUUCUCUGCCUUUUUGUCUUGCAUUUGAACUUGUCCUUCUAUUUACUCAGGAGAACAGGAGCUACCUAUAAGCCCUGCUAUCUCCCCAUCCCUACUCCCAGCCCCUUCUCCCAGGGUCCAGAGCCAGGACCCCUUAAUCUAGGUAAAUAGGCAGAAAUAUCAUCUUGGAAGGCAAACAAGAUUUUAAGCCUCCAAUCUUUAAAAGUAUCAGUUUGCCUGUCGAACACACUCCCGCAAGCCAGACGUGUGAACUUUGGUGAACUGAGGUUUACAUGUGGUCUUAGGCAAACCCAGUGGUUUCAGAAAUGUCUGGGUGUUUUAUUUGCAGAGAACAAGAUGUGUCUUAUGAGUCUCCUUUCUCGAUACCUGCCCUGUCUCAAAUUUCACUUGACAAAUGGUCUACGAUCUUGCAGUUAUCCAAAAGAGCCUAUGAAAAAUGGACAGCUGCUUUUGACAAUAGUGCCCCUCCCAACAUCCCAUUCGUAGAAUCAUAAAGCGAUAUGUUUCAGAACUGAGAGAGAAAAGUUUACCUUUUAUUCCAAAUGCCUCCUACUCGGCUUAAGUCCAGACUCAGGUCACGAAUCAAAGACAGUUUUGCACGUUGCUCUUCACCUAAAUCUAGCAGUUUCCCUGAGGCCCUGUGAGGGCAUGGACAGAAAAUGCAGGAUGCAACCACCCAGGACAGCUCCCUGGUCUGGGCUGGCCUGGCCACGUGUGGUCACAUGUCCUGGGAUCCGUGUUUACUGUGUCCUUGCUCUCCUUCCUGGCAGAAGCUGCUAAGCUCUGCUCCUCCUAACUGCAGGUCUCAAACCCUACUGGGUCGUUUUGCAACACUAUUUCUCCAAAGGCCCAUAGUCAUUACAUUUUUCACCAUUUCACCAAGAUACAGGGAGGGUCUGGAAUUCCCCUGCUAGGAAGGGCCCCUUUUCCUAUAUCACCGUGAUGAUACAGGUGAACUGAGAUUAAACUUUUAGACUUCAGCACGUCGCACAUCCCGGUUGUAUAACCAGGAGGUCUGCAGAGCUGCAACUCCUGAAGAACAUCUGUCUUAAAAGACCUCAAAUCAGAACAUUCUUAUUGGCCUCUUCAGUGAUCCCCAUGGAGCUAAGAGUCUGUAACCUAAAGGCCUUACCAUAGCCAUCUUCCCUCCACAACCUGAUUGCUCAACUGCCCCAGAAGGGGAGAAUCUAUCUGAAAUAGGAAAGAAGCAUUAGGGACCAGGUGCGGUGGCUCACACCUAUAAUCCCAGCACUUUGGGAGGCCAAGGCAGGUGGAUCAUUUGAGAUCAGGAGUUCAAGACCAGCCUGGCCAACAUGGUGAAACCCCAUCUCUACUAAAAAAAAAUACAAAAAUUAGCUGAGCAUGGUGUUGGGCACCUGUAAUCCUAGCUACUGUGGAGGCUGAGGUGGGAGAAUCACUUGAACCCUGGAGGCAGAGGCUGCAGGGAGCUGAGAUCGUGCCACUGCACUCCAGCCUGGGCAACAGAGCAAAACUUCAUCUCAAAAAAUAAUUUUAAAAAAGAAGCAUUAUUCACCAGCUAAGACUUUUCAAUUUAAAUUAUUUAAAGUGACGGCAACAUAGAGGAGAAUUUGGGCUGCCUCUUACCGACCCGGUCUCCAUAAUAAUUUCAGUGUCACAACUGUUCAGCUUCACUUCAUACAGGGGACUGUCCUCAAUUUUUUGGCCCUGCCAUAAACAGAUGUAUGUUAGUCCGUUUUGCAUUGCUAUAAAGGAAUACCUUAACACUGGGUAAUUUAUAAAGAAAAGAGGUUUAUUUGGCUCGAAGUUCUGCAGGCUGUUUGAGCAAGGUAUCAACAUCUGCUUGGCUUCUGGUGAGACCUCAGAAAGCUUUGACUCAUGGUGGAAGGUGAAGGGGGAGCAGGCACGUCACACAGCAAGAACAGGAGCAAGAGAGAGGAGAAGAGGUGCCAGUCUCCUUUUCUUAACAACCAGCAAUUGCAUGAACUAAUAAAGUAAGAAUUCGCUCAUUACUACAGGGAGGGCACCAAGUCAUUCAUGAGGAAUCUGUCCCUAUGACCCAAAUAUCUCCCAGCAGGCCCCACCUCCAACAUUGGAGAUCAACAUGAAAUUUGGAGGAAACAAAUAUCCAACCUCUGUGAUUGGUUUGGAGGAAUGAGAUCAAUUACACCAACAAGCCAAGCAUUCCUCUUAGUAUCCUAUGGUCAUUGCUAAUGCAUAUGGUCAUUUUGACAGCUGUGGUUUCUCCUUCAUAUUCAUUUGGGACUCUUCAUAGGGUCUCAAGAGACAUGACAAUACUGUUGAAAAUGUCUCCAAGGCAAAAUUAAUUUUAUUCUGUUGACUGGAAAUAUAUCACAAAGAAUGAGGUUUUUUCCAGUCCCACCCACAAGACAGUCCUCUGAAAGUGGAAAAGCUUGCCUGGCCACCUGCCCCUACCCUGACCUUAGGGUAGUUCAUCAGUUGAGCACACCCCCCGUGCCGGGCAUAGACUCACCCAUCUCUUUUCCUCAGGUGUGAUGGGUUGGCUUUCAAACUAGUUUCUCGCACUGUUAGAAGUUAUUGUGCAAGUGGAAAGGAUGCAGAGGCUGGAAUUUUCCAGUGGGAUAGAAGAGCAGGCUAAUUAGGAAGGAAUAUUCCAGGGAAUGCAAGGUGCAACUGUGAUAUUGCUCCAUCCCUGGACCUGAGGGAGACAAAGUUCUUAAAGGGCUGCAGAUGCUGUCCUCUGAAGGUCUUCUCCGGAUCGCUGGCCUACUUUGGAAACAUGCAGGGCAUUGUCAUGGGGCUGCCCAUCAGUCUGAUCCACACGAAAGGCUCUGUGAAUUUCAAGAGCAGGCUGGUAGCUCGCCAUUCCUGGAAGGAUGCUGACAUCUGUCAAGCCCAGAAUGCCUCUCUCAGGGCGCUCAGACCUGUUAAACUGAGGCCAGGAGGGCAGAAGAAAGAACUCAAAGUGUGGUCGGUACUACCAGUUGGAGAAAGCCCAGGAGCUAGGACUCUUCCACCCACUAUCUAGGUUAUGUUGAGUGACAUUCCUCCCUGGCUUCAGGUUUCUCUAAAGCCAGAGGGAAAGUAAACCAGACAAGCCCUCCCAUCUGUUUUGUCUGAACCAAGAUGGAGUGAAUGCUCCCUACUGAGAGGGUCUGGAUUUCACCCAUGAAUUGCACUAGGAACUGGGAGCUCCUUUUUGAACAUAAGUCCCAAGAGGCAGUUGUGAUAAAGUCUCUCUUUUGGUGUCCGCUGUCUGUAAAUGAAACAAUGCAAAUUGGUGUAUGUCAAAUGUGUCACAGCUUGCAGGCAAGAGGUUUUGUUUAUUCCCUAAGGACUUGCUGACUCGAGGGAACAUCAAAGAUGAGCUUUCUGUCUUUGUCUUGGCAAGUGUAAAAAUAAAGGGAGUCAGUCACCUCCCCAAAAGUCACGUGAAUCAGAAUUCAGAAGAAAGUUGGAGGAAACAGUGGCAGAUUCCAAGAAGAGAUGCUUAUUUCUCCAUUUGAGAAAGCCUUACUGAAAGCUACUGAAUAAAGAGCACAAUUUCUAGUUA